AAAGAGAUGAGGACGCCAGGACUACGCAAUUGAGCUCUUCCUCAUGAGAAACAUAAACUGUAUGCAACCUGUAGCAAUGUACUAGUUUCCAGUGUCAUCAAGUCCUCUUUAGACGGAGAAGCUGGUUUCAAUUUUUUACAAUACCAAUUUGAUCCACUCGUGGAAACACGUUUCGGGAAUGAGCAAUUUUGCCUUAAUGUUUUGUUUUGCUUUCUCAACUUUGUCCUCGUGCACAGCGCUGAAGAGGAACGACGAGCCAAUUAUCGGUGUUUUGGCCCAGGAGGUAUACUCGCCUCGACCACAGAAUGCGUCUUAUAUAGCAGCAUCGUAUGUCAAGUUCCUGGAGUCUGCUGGGGCAAGAGUCGUCCCUGUGAUGAUAAAUAAGACACUGGAAGAGUACAAAACACUGUUCAACUCCAUUAAUGGAAUACUCUACCCUGGUGGUGGUGUUAGCAUCCUCACAUCUGGGUAUGCAAACGCUGCUAGAAUCUUUUAUGAGCUUGCCAUAGAGGCCAACUCAAGGGGUGACUAUUUCCCUGUAUGGGGCACGUGUCUUGGAUUUGAGGAAUUGACGUACCUGACCAGUGGAAAGAUGCUUCUGUCCCACACCAACACUAGUGGUGUGGCAUUGCCACUGGUGUUUACUAACAGAUCAAGAGAGAGUAGGAUGUUCAAGGUCUUCCCAUCAGAGCUCCUGGAUGCCCUGGCCUCUGAGCCAAUCACUGAAAACUCCCAUAAAUGGAGUCUCACUUUGGCGAUUUAUAACAGCAAUGCAGACCUUAGGAAGUUCUACAAAGUCCUGACCACAAGCAGUGAUGGGAAAAACGAGUUUGUGUCAACUAUGGAAGCAUAUGGUUUCCCCAUCUAUGGAACCCAGUGGCACCCUGAAAAGAAUGCAUUUGAAUGGACAAAGCCGUACAUUCCACACUCUCCAUUGGCUGUAAAGGUUACUUUCUUCAUGGCUGAUUUCUUUGUCAAUGAAGCUAGAAAAAACUUUCACAAAUUUGAGGAUGAGGAGGUGGAGAAGAGGGCACUGAUAUAUAACUACAAUCCUGUUUACACUGGAAUCAAGUCAGCCUUUGAACAAAUAUAUUACUUUUGAAAUGAGUGUCUUUUUGAUAUUUUAAGUAGAAAUUGUGGACAAAUAUUGAAUUUUAAAAGCCUGUUAUAUUAAUAGACUUGCUAAAGUGCCAAAGAUGCCCUCUGUGCAUCCUCUGUGACUUCUAGGAAGAUUUUAUCCCACUUAACCCCAACAUUUCUCCAAGUUCACCAUCAUUGUAAAGCCCUAGUUAUUUUGUUGCUUGAGUCAUUUCUGAAGAUUAUUUAAUGUUAUUUGUGAUUUAUUUUAAGGGUAAAAAAAAAAAUCCCACAUUUUCAGGUCAACUCUGUUACUUGAACUGAACUCUGAUUUUUUCCCCCCGAGACAUUGCAUAUCUCAUUGCCAAGUCAGUGUAAAAGCAGGUGAGCUGGUUCUACUCUUUUAACCCAUGUUCUGGUGUUUGGUGGUGAAAAACUGAGCGGGUCGAGCAUAAUACUUCAACCCUGUUACCCAUAGAUGGUCAGGCUGGAAAGGUUAUAAAUGUUUUUUUUUGCGAAGUUUGAAUUCAAUUGCCCCUCCCUGUUGUACACAACAAGCUUCCAUUCCCCCUGUCACAAAUUCAUUUAUGGCUGAUUUAAGAUAAAGUAACAGGAUUGACGACCUUAUCUGGCACUAUAGUUAAAAAAAAUUUUACCUCUUGAGAUGGGGAAAUGUGUUUCAUUAAGUUGAACAUAUGCUCCUUAUGACAAUGUUAAAAUAAGUGAAAAUAAAUAAAUCUAACUACUCAAAAGGAACCUAAUUAUUGUUCUUAAUGGUACUGAUAUAAACCUACAAUCCUGUUCACUGGAAUCAAGUCUGCCUUUGAACAAUAUAUUACUUUUGAUGGAGUAUUGUUUUUUUGUGAGUAUAUAAUUGUAUUGGUAUUUUUGCGGCAACACUUAGAUGUACAUUUCUGUAAAUUAAAAGCUUAAUGUUUGAUUUGUAUAUUUUGGAUAAAGGUUUUACAAAGAAAGUAGGCUAACUGAGAACAAUAAAGUUGUUCGUAUGAC